UAUUAUUAUUAUUAUUAUGAUUACUAUUUAUAGGUUGGAGCUAUUCUCUAUCCUAAAACAUCAUGGAUGCCAAUUUGGGAUCAACAAGCUAAUCAAAGUAGAUCAGCAGCUGCAAAUUUAUUCUGUUAUCAUAUGUUAGGCAAUUUCAUUGUAAUCCUAUUGAUUAUGACAAUAUUAUUUAGGCAUUAUACAAAAAUUGGUUUGAUCAAUAAUGUUGAUGAAAAAACAUUGAGAAUCACUUUAUCCCGUAGUAAAUAUCAUGAACAUCAAUUAAAACAACCAUUACAAAAUUCACAAUCAUUAUUAGAAAAACAACAACAAACUUUCAUCAUUGACAAUCAUUCCGAACAAAUAGAAUUAUGCAAUUCAAAUUAUUCAAAUACCAUAGAGACUAAUGAAAUUGACCAAAAUGAACAAGAUCAAUGAAUUUAAUCAAUAAAAAACCGGAAAACAGAAAAAAAAGGUAGUUCAUGUAUUUGUCAAUGUUGACAAGUUAUAUCGGGAUGAGAGUUAAUAAAAAAAAUGAACAGUUUGGAAUUGCGUUUUUUUUUUUGAUUACAUAAACAUUAUUGAGUGAUAUUUUAUGAUUUUAAAAAAACUUUAUUCACCUUUCGACCUUUAUUUAAACAUGUGAAUAAUCCCCUUUUUUUAUCAUAAGGUUUCAAUGUCUAGAAGGUGAGAAAAUUAUUUCAUUGAUGAACUGUAUGAAUUUUUAAGCACUACAUUUAGUAUGUAGUAAUAAUAAUCUUUGUAAUUAAAAUAUUCAGAUGAAUAAAUUAAUUCAUUAGAAA